AUGGAGCCGCAAGUCACCGAGCUAAAGCUGAAGAUUGAGGACAUACUGUGCCCUUUCGGCUUCGAGGUUUAUCCUUUCCAGGUGGCGUGGUACAAUGCACUUCUGCCUCCAGCCUUCCACUUGCCCCUGCCAGGAUCUACCCUCGCUUUCCUGGUACUCAGCACACCUGCUAUGUUUGAUCGAGCCCUCAAGCCCUUCCUGCAGAGCUGCCAUCUCCAACCACUGACGGACCCUGUGGACCAGUGUGUGGCCUACCACCUUGGCCGAGUUAGAGAGAGCUUUCCAGAACUGCGGAUGCAAGUUAUUGCGGACUAUGAGGUACACCCCAACCGACGCCCCAAGAUUCUGGCCCAGACAGCAGCCCAUGUGGCAGGGGCUGCUUACUACUACCAACGACAGGAUGUGGAGGCUGACCCUUGGGGUACACAGCACAUAUCUGGUGUAUGUAUACACCCACGAUUUGGGGGCUGGUUUGCCAUACGAGGGGUGCUGCUGCUGCCAGGGAUAGAGGUGCCAGACCUGCUACCCACAAAGCCCCUUGACUGUGUUCCUACAAGAGCUGAGCGCAUCACUCUGCUUGAAGGCUUCAAUUUCCACUGGCAGGACUGGACUUACCGGGAUGCUGUGACUCCCCAGGAACGCUACUCAGAAGAACAGAAGGCCUACUUUUCUACACCACCAGCCCAGCGCUGGGCCCUGCUGGGCUUAUCCCUGCCCUCUGAAGUUAGCUCUGUAUCCUCCGAGUCACUUCCCCUUAGUACACACACCUCAAAACCCCAGAAUUCCAGGAGAGCACAAGGCUGGCUCAGUCCUAGAGUCUCACCUACUGUAUCCCCUGGCCCUUGA